AUGCCUGAUAUUCAGACGGCUGAUGAUACAGGACUGAAACCGACACGGGAACCAAGUUCGAUUGUCACUGAAGUUCCCGACCACAGCAAGGACCAUAGAGCAGUCCACGGAAGUCGUUUCAAGCAGAGUCGGCGGUAUUACUUUGAAAGAAAACCUCGAGCUGUACGUGAUUCCGGUAUCCGUUCAGAGAGAUGUGCUGCCAAGGGCGCUUCGAGGGAUGAAAAUAAAGUUGGUCAAGUCGCUGAUGAUUCUGGACGUGAUGUUGGAAAUUCAGCCCUGCCCAGAAGACGGGUCUAUACACGACGUCGUACGAAUGAUUCAAAUGCACCCGUCCAGAAUCGUAUCUCACAAUCAGAAGGUGGAGAUAGGCGUGAAUCGCGAGAGCUAGAUUUACAAUGGAUUAGCCAGAUGCCUGCUUCGUUUUCCCCCCAGUUUUUCCGCCCUAACUUGCCGGAUCUACAUCACCCUGAAAAAGAAAGAAGGAAGGGAAACGUUUAUAGGCGAAGAAAUCGACCUCGGAACAACCAUGUGAAGGCUGCUACACAAGCUCGCGGUCUCCCUUUGGAAAGCGGUGAUUCCAAUAAAACUCACAGCACAUUAGCGAAUUCAGAAUCAGAACAACAUGUAAAUGGUGAAAGAGAGGGAACGUCACUCCCCUCGUCAGUUCCAACUAAAUCUACAUCUCCUUGCAACUACUCCGAUGCAGUUCCUGACGAUUUGCCAAAUACUGUCGGUGAAGUUUCUGCGAGCUCUGAUAUCGUUCAAGAAGAAGCAAAACAUGACAAUAAACGCGAGUCUCCUGAUGGAAAUACUUCCUCAAAGACGAUUGAAAGUCAUUCAUUCGAUGAAUUAAUUCAAGAGGUUAUACAACUUGAGGAAGCUGCAGAAAAGUAUGAUAUUGAGAAUUUAUGCGACUGUGUUAUUAAAGACCUAGGGGAAAUCGUUGACUAUAGCACGAAUCGCCUACUACGUGUGAUGUUGGAUUUUCUUCACCCUGAUGCGAGAUCUCUCACAGACAACAUCGGAAUUUCUUGUCAAGAUUUCUAUAAUCUCUGUUCUCGAAUUUCCAAGGUUGAAUUCAAUGCCAUUCGAGAAAUAAACACUUGUAACGUCGACGGGGUCCUUUUGCAGCGACUCUACGAGGAACUCGGUAACAUCUGCCGAUCAAUUCUUGUGCCACUUUUGGCUCAGAAGGCCUACUUGGCUGACAGCAUAAUUGACUUCACCCGUAUGGAUUUGGACAUAAUUGAAAUUGAGAACUUCGAUCAUCAUAAGGAGCUUGCAUUGGUUUUUGCCAUAGCUGACGACUUUCGUAAGGUCCCAAAACUGAAGGAGAAAGAUGUUUGUGGUUGGUUAGAUAAAUGUGAAGCCAUGAAGGAAAUGUUUGAUGCUUUUAUAGCUGAUGAUAAACAAAAAUUAAAGCAGCUUGGUGUUACUGACACGGCAGAGACCAUCGCGGAAAAAAUCGAGCUUGGUAUUGAAAUACCCGAUCAAGACAUUACAGUGAUGUUACGAGAAUCAAUAAACUCUGAUUUCGGAGAGUACACUUGGCUAGUGGAGCGCUAUCCUCAGCUCAUUCGUACUCCGGAGCACUUUGCCUGUAUAAUGGAGUCUAUACCUCUGAUGGAAAAAUGUGUUGACAUCCGUCCGCUAAAGCACACUAUGGAGAUUAUACCGAAAUUGUUGAGCGGACUGAACCAUGACGAAUAUGACAGCUGUGUCGCCCAAUAUCUAGAUCGGCAUGCACUGGUCAGAGUCGCCAAAAGUUGGGUACAGCUGCUGCGCAAUUUCGACAGCACCGAUCAGCUCGUCAUGGAACUCACGACGCAAUUCCUUUUCCGGUCGACCAAGUAUGGGGCUGAAGAGUUUCUCGGUGCUCUACUCGACAACAUCCCUGUCGAUAGUAAAGUUGAGGCUAUUAAGUGCAUUGACUUUCUUCCUCCAUGCCUUCGUAAAAUCCUGCUAUCCGAGUCACCUGAUAAAGGAAGUUUAUACGACGCAACGAAACUGAUGACAAAAGAGAUGCCUGCUACGCGUUUUAAGAAGGAAGCUGUCUUUCUCAUUUCGAGUGGGGCUCUGAUAUGCUUUCUUGAACCUACUAGACUCAUCGCCAUCGUCGUUCAAGCUGAAUCUAAGGCCAAAGCAGCUCUUGCCAUUUCAUCAUUGGUUAAACAUAGAAAAUUCAAAAAAGAAGUUAGAGAAGAAUCUAUGUUCUCUGCUGCACGUGAGCUUCUAUCGGAUGACAACAGACUGUUUGUAGACAUGAAUGAGAUCUUCGAUCAGUUCCAGAACAUCACUUGGUAUCAGAAACUGGUCAUCUCCACGCUCUUUUGCGAUGGGAUUGGUCCGGUUUUAAUCGAGUAUCCUUGGAAAUGUAGUGGAAACUCGGUGAAGUCUUUAUAUACUUUGCGAGAGCUGCCUCAUAUUCUUACCUCCUGGCCUGGUGAUAACUCCAGACUUUUCGAAAACUUCAUUGAAGUCUUUGUACAUGGUGAUGAACUAGUUAUUUGUAAACCAGGAAUUUCAGAUAAUUUUGAAUCUGACGAUGCAGAUCUUCUAUCUCAGGUGAUGCUCCUGUCGUUGGAUCGUAAUGAAGACCGUCUUAAGGAAGUCGUGCAUGUAUUCGCAAACUCCGUAUAUGGUAUCAGUCAUGACUCGUGCAACUGGGAAGAAAUGCUAAUCGAGUCCGAGAAGAAAAGUGAAAGCAACGACUCUGAAGGGAUAAUUUCGAAACCAGAGACUAAAGGACUCAAUGACCACAAGCUCGACUUCGAAGAGGAGUCAGCUGAAAAUCCUGGUACUGCGGACACAUUCCGGCAGCUCACGCCUUCUGGGGAAGUACCAAAGGUGACGAAUCGGCUGAACAAUGAUUCAGAAACUGCUUUUGCGGCUCUCGUUACGUCUUCUCUUGAUGAUAUUGAAGACACAGACCUUCCGGCUGUCAGAAGAUGCUUAUCACAUCUUCUGGACGAAGUGGCUGGAAUAAAAGAAUCCGAUACAUUUCCGAAUACACUGUCAGAUAAAAUGGGUGGUUGUUGUUCGACUGCCAGUGGAAGUUCGUCGAAGUUAGAUGAGGGGCAUAAUGAGCAGGAAAAAGAGGCAGCCGCUCAGAAAGUAAAACUCCGAUCUCAGCUGGAUGAUGCAGAAGAUUCAAGGAAGAAAGAGCAAAACGAAUAUGAAGAUUGGAAUACGGAAGAGCUGUUUGAUCAGAAGGCAGAGAAACAUCAGAUUUUGCAGGACCUGCGCACGUUCACAUGGGCUCUAGACACCCUUGAAAAGUGGUCAGGCUGUCCAACAUCAGUUCGGGAGAAAGUUUUAUUGAUGGCAGCGAACUGUCACUGCGAUUUAGUGAAGGCUCGAGCGUCAAAGAUGGAAAGAGACACCAGCCGUAAUUAA